GACACGCUGCAGGUACAGGCAGGCGAUGGGUGCUGGCAGGCAGAGGCUUUCUCUGGGAUUACAGAGGCUCCCCUUACCUGUGUCUCAGGCCCAUCCUGUCAGCCCACUUGGCCAGCCUUUGGGGGUGGGUGUCCCACAGAGCACAUGGUCCUGCCACCUAGCAGCCAUGCCCGGACCAGCCCUGGACUGCAAACGGGGCUGUAGUCCACAGCCAGGACCGUUUAAGGGGAAUCACCUCCUUUUAGGUGUGCAAAGCCUGCCCGAGCGCCACAGUUUUCCACAGAUUUCAUGUGGAGGGCUAUUUCUGUGCUUCUGUGUUGGCACCCCAUGUCCGGCAUUUGAAGCGGCGGCUCCUUUAAAAGAGCAAAAGAGCGUUGUCACGCAGCUUCUUGCACUCAUGCCAUGUAAUGAGCAAUUAGAGCAGCAGUAGGGUACAUGGGGAAAAGCUGGUGGAUCUCCUGCAUGGGCCAGCAGCGGGAAGAACUCGGGGUGAGAAAAAAGGGUUUGAAGACCCUCCUGGGGCUGGACAGUAAAUUGCACAGAGGAGUUCCUCUCAGCUUAGUGACAUGAAUGCAGGCUCGUCUCUUGACAUAAGCGCAGCUCCUGCUUGCACACCUUCAAAGGGUGCAAGCAGAUUGCGCUGGGUUCAGAGCCAGGUGAGAGCAAUGGAAGGUGUUAAACUGCUGGGCUGGGUCCACCUGGACACUUUGGGAAUUUCUGGUCCCAGCUGGCUCUGCAAUUUAAAAGGCUAGGCUGAGAGCAGCUGCUUUAUGGUCCUUAGCAAGAGAGCAGGAUGGGUGUUGCAGGGCAGUCUAGGGCUGCAUUUGGAGCUGUGCUCUUCUGGGGCUUUCUUGGUCCCCUUGUUUGGGUUGUGGGGGCUCAGGGUAGUGUUUUUUCUGAUCCCACCCUGCUGGUUUGUGGCCAAGAAAGCCUGCAGUUCACCUUACCUCCAGGCUGGGAAGGGAACGCUUCCUUUGUGCUGACUACUUGGGAUACCGAGGGGGAGGCGCACGUUCUGCAGAAUGACUCUGAGUGUGGGCUCUUGGUAUCUGGGACUCCAGAUGGCUCCAGGAAAGUAUUGGUCUCCUAUACUGGCUGUUAUGUCUUUGAAUGGGAUGGCAAUUACCUCAUGCUGGUUGGGCUUGAAGGAACAGACGAUGCUGGACAAAAGGUUCUUCAUGAAGAGAAGCUGCUCAGGUGCCCUGUGGACCUUCCUGCCCUGGAUGCUCCAAGCAGUGGUGUCUGUUCUGCUGUCCUCAGCCAAGACCGGCUGCUGUGUGCCUCCUUGCCUAUCAGCCAGGGAGACUGUGAAGAGCGAGGCUGCUGCUAUGACCCUAGGGACAGGGUGAAGCCUUGUUACUUUGGUAACACAGUGACAGCUCAUUGCACACCAGGUGGCCAGUUUUCCAUUGCUGUCUCUAGGGAUGUGACCCUGCCACCCAUCAUCCUGGACUCUGUGCAGCUGGCUAGUGGACACAGUACUGACUGUGUCCCUGUCAUGAAAAACAAUGUCUUUGUUGUGUACCGGUUCCCACUCUCUGCCUGUGGCACCACUUUUCAGGUGACUGGAGACCAGGCCAUAUAUGAGAAUGAGUUGGUGGCAUCCAGGGAUGUGAAGACUGGGAGCCUUGGCUCUGUCACUAGGGAUAGCACUUUCAGGUUACAUGUCCGCUGUAGUUACUCCACUGGGAGCUUCCUUCCCUUGAGUGUUCAGGUCUUCACGUUGCCACCGCUCCCUGCUGUGUCCCAGCCAGGACCGCUGUCCUUGGAGCUGCGUGUUGCCUCAGAUGGAAGCUAUACUUCCUACUAUACUGACAGUGACUAUCCUGUUGUGAAGACUCUGAGAGACCCUGUUUAUGCAGAAGUCAAGGUCCUACAGAGAACAGACCCAGACCUGGUUUUGGUCCUGCACCACUGCUGGGCCACACCAAGUAUCAACCCCCAGCAACAGCUGCAGUGGCCUGUUUUGGUGGAUGGGUGCCCUUAUGCAGGGGACAACUAUCAGACACAGCUGGUGCCUCUGAGUCUUGCCUCAGGACUACUGUUCCCCUCUCACUACCAGCGUUUCACCCUCUACACAUUCACCUUCGUGGAGUCCACUUCCCAAGAGAUGCUUUCUGGGCUGGUGUACCUGCAUUGCAGUGCUUCAGUGUGCCACCGGUCUGUACAGGAGUCCUGCACCACCACUUGUCCUGCUAGAGCCAGGGGUAAAAGGAGUGCCGAGCAUCCUCAUAAGGAUGGUGCCUCCCAUGUCUCCAGCAAAGGCCCUGUGAUUUUCCUCCAGGAUGAGCUGAGUUGGGACACAGCAAAGGAUGGCCUUGGAGCAGCUGUGCCUGCUGCAGCCACCUGGGUUCUGGGGUUUGCUGCUGUGGCAACUGGGGCAUCUCUGUGUGUGGUGGUUGUGGCUGCUGUGCUGUGGCGAAGGAAGGUGCCUGUAACACAUGAAAUCAAUGUAUUGCAAUAA